AUCAUCAUGCUUCUGCUUCACCACUUCCUUCUAUAUAAACCCACUCACACACCCUCUCCACUCCGUAAUCAGAAUCAUCCCUUUUCCCCUCACAAAACAAAAAGCUCACUCUCUCUCAUUUCUCCCUUUCUUACUCCAAAAUUUUCUUUCUCCUCACUUUCUUCAAAACCCAAACCCAAAGGCCUUUAAUUACAAAUGACUCUUGGAAAGGAAGACGAUUUGGGCUUAAGCCUGAGCCUGAGCUUCCCUCAGAAAAAUCCCCCAAACCCAAACCCUCUGCAUCUCAAUCUCAUGUCCUCUUCCUCUGCCUACAAUCCUCUCAAACCCACUUGGACUCAGCCUUUCACCUCUUCAGAUCGAGAUUCGGUAACAUGCAGGGUUGGCGAAGGUGGUUUUUCCCUCGGCGGAAUCGGAAUCGAUGUGAAUCGGUUACCGUCCGGCGUCGAUUGCGAAGAGGAAGCAGGGGUUUCAUCUCCGAACAGCACCGUCUCCAGCGUGAGCGGCAAGCGGAGCGAGAGGGAAGGCAAUGGCGAAGAGCGUGACGUGGAGGAGAGAGAUUGCUCCAGAGGAAUCAGUGAUGAAGAUGAUGACGGUGGUGAAACUUCCAGGAAAAAACUCAGACUCUCCAAAGAUCAAGCCAUUGUUCUUGAAGAAAGCUUCAAAGAACACAACACUCUUAACCCUAAACAAAAGAUGGCACUGGCAAAGCAAUUAGGCCUUCGAGCACGACAAGUUGAGGUGUGGUUCCAGAACAGAAGAGCAAGGACUAAGCUGAAGCAAACGGAGGUAGAUUGUGAGUUUCUGAAACGGUGCUGCGAGAAUCUGACGGAGGAGAACAGAAGGUUGCAGAAGGAGGUUCAGGAGCUCAGAGCACUCAAGCUUUCCCCGCAGUUCUACAUGCAGAUGACCCCACCGACCACUCUCACCAUGUGCCCAUCCUGCGAGCGCGUGGCAGUUCCGCCCUCCGCGGUUGAUCCAUCCACGCGCCACCAUCAUCCCAUGUCGGCUCCUAAUAAUCACGCGCGUCCCUUCUCGGUUGGCGCGUGGGCCUCCACUGCUCCCAUUUCACACAGGCCGUUCGAUGUGCUUCGUCCUAGAUCUUGACGUGUACGGAUGAGGAAGGAAAAAAAGGGGAAGUGGUUGUGACAGUGUCCCAUGAAUUGUGCGUUCAAAGUGCGGUCUAUGAUAUGGUGGUUAGGAGAAAUGAUUUUGUGGGUCUCCAAUGUUUUUUGUAUGGCCCAUUCUAGUUACAUUAGGAUACUUAGUUUUCUUCUCAUUAUUAAUUAAUCAGAGACUUGUAUAAAGUGCAGUGGUCUAAUUAAUUAAAUAUAGUUUCCUAUGUUACCAGA